UUCAGUGUUUUUUUUCAUUUAAAAAGUAGAGUUAUUUUUUAAAUUAUAUAUAUGUAGCAAUAUUUUUUGAAAUUUAAAUAUUGAAAUAUUGAAAUGGAAAACAUGGGCAGUUUUACUAAUUCAUCUCUGAGUGAAUCCUCUAUUGGAACUGAUUUAUAUAAGAGAAGCUCUUCACAAAGGGUUUUUGUUAAUCGAAGUUUGAGCUUGGAAAAUAUUCGAUAUUUUGGUUUUGAUAUGGAUUACACAUUAGCUGUUUAUAAGUCACCUGCAUAUGAAAGUGUAUCAUUUGAUCUGGUUGUGAAUCGCUUGAUUGAUGAAGGAUAUCCUAUUGAAUUGAAAAACUACAAAUAUGAUCCAUCAUUUCCUGUUAGAGGACUUUUGUUUGACAAUCUCUAUGGAAACUUAUUAAAGGUUGAUACUUAUGGAAAUAUAUUAACAUGUGUUCAUGGUUUUGACUUUAUAGUAAGUCCAGAUUUAAGGAAUACUUACCCAAAUAAAUUUGUACAGUUCGAUAAAGAAAGAUUUACAAUUAACAACACAUUGUUUAACCUGCCAGAAAUCUAUCUGCUAGCAUGUAUUGUAAACAUGUUUGAGAAAGUACUUCCUGACUUUAAAAGAGAAGUUAAGGGUGUUAUGAACAACAAUGUUUUUAUAUCUUAUAAAAGUAUGGGCAGAGAUAUUCGUCAUGCCAUGGAUUGGGUACAUUUAUAUGGAAACCUAAAGUCUAUUACAGUUGCAGAUCCUGAUAAAUAUAUUGCAAAAGAUCCGCGAAUUCCACAGCUACUUUACAGAAUGAGAAAAGCAGGGAAAAAAACUUUUUUACUUACUAACAGUGACUAUAAAUAUACUAAGGAAGUAAUGAAGUUUCUAUGUGAUUGCGCUGAAAGUCCAGAGGAAGGUGUUCCCCCUCCUCAGUGGAAAGAACUUUUUGAUCUUAUUUUGGUUGAUGCUAAAAAGCCAUUAUUUUUUGGUGAAGGAACUGCACUGCGUCAAGUUGAUGAAAAAACAGGUCAACUUCGAAUCGGAAAGUAUAUGGGAAAGCUUGAAAAUGGCAUUAUAUACUCUGGGGGAAAUUCAGAAGUUUUUUCAGAAUUAAUUGGUGCUGAAGGGAAGGAUAUUCUUUUUGUUGGUGAUCACAUAUUUGGAGAUAUACUCAAAUCAAAAAAACAACAGGGUUGGAGAACUUAUCUAGUUGUGCCUGAACUAGCUCAAGAGCUUGAUGUAUGGACUUUAAAACAAGACAUGUUUGAGAGAUUGCAUCGUUUAGAAAUACAAUUAGCUGAAACUUAUAAGGAUUUGGAUUCCACUAAUGUUGACAAAAUAGACAUUACACAACUACGGAAUGACAUAAAGGAGGUUGUUCACAGUAUGGAAAUGUGUUAUGGCCAACUAGGAAGUCUUUUUAGAAGUGGAUCAAGACAAACAUUUUUUGCAAGUCAAAGCAUGAGGUAUGCAGAUUUGUAUGCAACAUCUUGUGUGAACUUGCUCUAUUAUCCAUUUAGCUAUCUUUUCAGAGCACCUCCUCAACUGAUGCCUCAUGAAUCUACCGUACAUCACGAGAAGCAUGUUACUAAUUACGGUCCAUUAGAAAACGCCCGUAGAAGCAUUAUUUGUGAUGUGAACCACACGAUGUGUAAAACUUUAACUGAAGAACAUGAAUGUGACGAGGAAGAAUUCCGCGAAGGAGAGGUUUCAUGUAUUGCUGAUGCAACGACUACCGAGUCAUAAAUAAUCUUUUGAAAAUUACUAAAGCUUGUGAAAUUACAAGCUAUUAUUAUUUAUUAUAUGACAAACUGUUUAUUUUUAGAAGUUUUGGUUUUAUAUUUUGCGAUUUAUGAAUAAUUAGGCUCAAUCCUGUUUUUAUACAAGUUUGAGUAUCAAGUAAUGUCAUUUUUUUAAGAUUAUAAUAGCGUUAGAAUGAAAAUAUACCUAAAUUAUAUCAAGUUAUUUUGUAAAA